CAUUUGGGUCGCGUCCCGAGCAUUGUGUUCGAGCAAGAGGAUGGUCAGCACGGUGGCAACAAGCGUCUCAUCUCUGUCCAUACCAAUCAGAUCAAGAAGCUCGUAAACCAUCUAGGAAGAUCGUUCUUUCUCUCUAGACUCUUUGAUCUUGAGGUUCGGUCUGAUUUCGAGUCCGAUGAGAUCAUUGAAAAGGUUCGGGUGUUGCCUCGAAAGAUUCAUCUGCAUGCGGGUACAGAUGCAGUACUCAAUGUGACCUUCAUAAGGGCCCCAUCUCAUGCUUUGUUGAAGGUGGAUGUUCCUCUUGUAUUUAUAGGAGAUGAUGUUUCACCUGGACUUAAAAAAGGUGCUUAUUUGAACAUUAUCAAGAGAACCGUUAAGUUCCUUUGCCCUGCUGAUGUCAUCCCUCCCCAUAUAGAGGUGGAUCUGAGCGAGUUGGACGUGGGCCAGAAGCUGGUGAUGGGGGACCUCAAUGUUCAUCCGGCUUUAAAGCUUAUUCAGUCGAAGGAUCAACCUGAUCUCUCUCCCUCUCGGAAAACACUGAUCCACUCCACGCACUCACAAAACAGACAUGGGCUGCCUCGGGCUCUCUCUCUCCCAAGACCCACACAUGGGGAGGGAUCUGGACAUGCAUUUCUUGAGCUGAAUUCACUGCACCAACCCAUCUCUCUCUUCUCUCUCUCGACAUCACCAACCCCAUUUUACUUUUCUUCCCUUAUUUCUUUAUUUUUUCUUUUCCUUCAGUUCUAAUAAAACGAGGUUCCC